GUUCGCUCACACGCAGAGGAAGAAGACACACAAACGACCGCACCAGAGCCACAGCAAAGAGAGCAAGACAACCCGCCAAAACAGAGAACAGAAGAACCACAGCAAGCAAGUGCAGCACGAUGAGCGCCCACAAGGAGGACAACACCAAAGCAGAGGCCGUUGCAGACGACGCCACAGCUGCUACCGCCGUGACAGAGCCGGAAGAGUCGACGCCCGAGACACCAGCCCAGCAGCAGCAGGAGUCGGCCGAGAGCAAGACCGAAGAGAAGAAGGAUGAUGAUGCGGUUGAACCCGCCAAUGACGAAGACGAUGACGACGAUGAGGAGGAUGACGAAGAGGAAGAAGAGGAGGUUGAUGAAGAAGCUGCACUCGCCCGUCUCCAACAGCGCAUGGGCGGCGAGACAGAGGCUGCGGCAGACGAGGAUGCUGGCGCUGAUGACAAAGAAGAUGGUGUGAGCGAUGCGGAGCCAGCAAGCAGCGGUGACGAAGACGAUGAUGAAGACGAUGAUGAGGAUGAGGCGGCAAAGGCAGACAAGGAAAAGGAGGAGAAGGGCCGUCGCAAGAAGGAUCCCCAGGUCAUCCCGCGUGGGCGGUACUUCAUGCACGACGACCGAACAGCGCCUGCACCGCGUGGUCGUGGUCGCGGCGGCGGCCGUGGUGGCCGCGGCGGCCGCGGUGGCCGAGGCGAUGGGCGGGGCAAGCCGCAGCUCCACCCUGGCGCAGGAAAACACGAAUCGGCGGGCCCACGGACGGCAGCGGGGUCGCGGUGGGCGUCGGUCCGGUGGCGGCCGCAGAGACAGACAGCAGCAGCAAGAAGAGGAUGAGGGCAGCCAGCCGCAGGCCAAGCAGGCACCUCCAGCCUCAACCAACCAGCCCCGCCAGCACAUUACCCUCUCCUCCAAACCCCAGCCAAAGCAGCAGCAGCAGCAGCAGGGUAAGCCGUCGACACAGCCGCCAGCAUCGCAGCCGCGCGGCCCCAGUGUACAGACGGCGCCGCCAGCCUCUGCUGCCCAGCCCGUCAUGCCCACGGGCAUCAGCUACGCUGCGCGCGUGCGGGCCAUGCGUGGACGAGGUGGCGCCCACACUGCUGGUCGCGGCGGCCGUGGCGGUGGUCGUGGCGGGCACCACCAGCGCCCAUACCCACACCCGCAGCAGCAGCAGCAGCAGCAGCAGCAGCAGCACAUGCAAGCACGGCCCGUGCACGCUGCUGGUGGUGGUGUUCGCGGCGGGAAAUGGGGCGCACCGCCGGUCGGGCGUCUUCCACCGCCAGGAAUUACCGCGGAGACACCGGCGCAGCAGCAGCUUGAGCAGGAGAUGACAAACGCAAUGGCCAAUGUGUCGGUUCAGGAAGGUGCCGCCCAAACGAUGCAACCACAGCAGCAGCAACCACAGCAGCAGCAGCAACAGCAGCAGCAGCAACAGCAGCAACAGCAACAACUGGCAAGCAACGCUGCUCCGCAACAGCAGGCGUCCACCACGACCACAUCUGCUCGCCUCACUGCAAAGCGAUUUGUCGGCGAUGAUGGCGUUCCCACAUCUCGCGUGCGCUUGACGCUAUCGUCCUCGUCGCAGUCUGCCACACCACAGCAGCACCAGGUACCACAGCAGCAGAUACCACAGCAGCAGCAGCCACAGCGUCUGUUCCAGGCGUCAUCGGCGUCAACAGCGGCUGAGAGCGCUGAUGCUGCGAUCAAGGAAGUGCAGCAGGUUGCAGUCGACAUGCCCGCACAGUUUAUCCACUCACAGCCCUUCCAUCCCAUGCAGAGCCAACAACCGCCACAACAGCCACAACAACAACAACAGCCGCAGCAGCAGCAACAGCAGCAGCAGCCCAUGCCCAUGAUGGUGCCUGUAACGACCGCUCCUCCAAUGCAAAUGGCGUACGCAGAAGGUUAUGCACCGUAUCCUCAACCGAUGGUUGCGCAGCCUUCCAUGCAAGCGCAACCGUUUUUCCCACAACAGAUGCAGUACAUGCCUGGACAUGUACCGUUCUUUCAGGAACAGAUGGUUCCAUAUCCCAACGCCAUGUUCGAUCCACAAACGGGCGCAUAUGUUAUGCCCUCGAAUCAGCCAAUGCCCCCGUACCAAACAACGAUGAGUGGCAUGCCUCCCUCAACCUCCUCGGCUCCGUAUUAUGGCUGAAGCAUACACACCCUUUGGCAUUUUUGUAUGUGUGUGUGUGUUUGUGCGGAUUUCGUUUUGUUUUCUGUCCAAGAUGAGCCUUGUGUCUUGUGGCGUGCCUUGUUUUGCCAUGUGACCUGCGGUGGGUUUCGUCCGAGCCCUUUCCCCAGGCGCUUGUCGUUUGUUGUCUCGCCGUGUCAUUAUCGCUACUCCUGCUGUUUUUGCGGCUGUUGUGUCGUCUCUUUCUGUCCUUUAUUCUCCUUUCCGCUUUGAUUUGUUUGAUAUCGGUAGGCUUUCUCCGUCACCCCCCCCCCCCUUCGCUUGGUGUGGUCUGUUGUGUCACAGGGUGUUGCUUCUCUCGUGUGCGCGCGUG